AAGUCUGACGUCACAUGACUCCGCCCCCCUCUCUCUCUCUCAUUCAUGCAACAAACAGUGCAGCAGGUCGUGCAGCGCAGUAUGACCGCAUUUAUUUGUUCUAUUUUAAUAUUUACGUGCGAAAUUUAACAAACAUGGCGACUAAGCGCAAAGUAGAGGUGAUUGUCCCCGCAGAGGAGAGUGACCAGCUGCUAAUUCGUCCACUGGGCGCUGGUCAGGAGGUUGGGAGGUCAUGCAUCAUCCUGGAGUUCAAAGGAAGGAAAAUUAUGCUGGACUGUGGUAUCCACCCCGGGUUGGAGGGGAUGGAUGCUCUCCCCUACAUAGACUUGAUAGACCCAGCUGAGAUAGACCUGCUGCUCAUCAGCCAUUUCCACUUGGAUCACUGUGGAGCUCUGCCCUGGUUCCUACAAAAGACCAGCUUUAAAGGCAGGACUUUCAUGACCCACGCCACUAAGGCCAUCUACCGCUGGCUACUGUCGGACUACGUCAAAGUCAGCAACAUUUCUGCAGAUGACAUGCUGUACACCGAGACUGACCUGGAGGAGAGCAUGGAUAAGAUCGAGACCAUCAACUUCCACGAGGUCAAGGAGGUGGCUGGAAUCAAGUUCUGGUGCUACCACGCUGGUCAUGUGCUGGGAGCGGCCAUGUUCAUGAUCGAAAUAGCAGGAGUCAAGCUGCUGUACACGGGAGACUUCUCCCGGCAGGAAGACCGGCAUCUGAUGGCAGCAGAGAUCCCCAGUGUCAAACCUGACAUCUUAAUCAUAGAGUCUACCUACGGCACCCACAUCCACGAGAAGAGGGAGGAGCGAGAAGCUCGCUUCUGUAACACGGUCCAUGACAUCGUCAACAGAGAAGGCCGCUGUUUAAUCCCCGUGUUCGCCUUGGGGCGGGCCCAGGAACUGCUGCUCAUUCUGGAUGAGUACUGGCAGAACCACCCGGAGCUCCAUGACAUCCCCAUCUACUAUGCAUCAUCCCUGGCCAAGAAGUGCAUGGCUGUGUACCAGACCUACGUCAACGCAAUGAACGACAAGAUCCGCAAAGCCAUCAAUAUCAACAACCCUUUUGUCUUCAAGCACAUCAGCAACCUCAAGAGCAUGGAUCACUUUGAUGACAUCGGUCCCAGUGUGGUGAUGGCCUCUCCUGGUAUGAUGCAGAGCGGGCUCUCCAGAGAGCUUUUUGAGAGCUGGUGCACCGAUAAGAGGAACGGAGUCAUCAUCGCUGGAUACUGUGUAGAGGGCACACUGGCCAAGCACAUCAUGUCUGAGCCGGAGGAGAUCACCACCAUGUCAGGGCAGAAGCUGCAGCUGAAGAUGUCCGUGGACUACAUCUCUUUCUCUGCCCACACUGACUACCAGCAGACCAGCGAGUUCAUCAGGGCCCUCAAACCACCUCAUGUGAUCCUGGUCCACGGGGAGCAGAAUGAAAUGGCCCGUCUGAAGGCUGCGCUGAUCAGGGAGUACGAGGAUAAUGACCAGGUUCACAUCGAAGUCCACAACCCUCGCAACACAGAAGCUGUCACCCUCAACUUCAGGGGAGAGAAACUGGCCAAGGUGAUGGGCUCUCUGGCUGAUAAGAAGUGUGCCCAGGGCCAGAGGGUGUCAGGCAUACUGGUGAAAAAGAACUUCAACUACCACAUCCUCAAUCCUUCUGACCUUUCUACAUAUACAGAGCUGGCCAUGAGCACAGUGAAACAAAGCCAGGCCAUCCCGUUCACUGGACCUUACUCACUGCUCGUCUGCCAUCUGAGGAACCUCACCGGUGACGUAGAGGAACUGGAUGGAACUGAGAAGAACACUUUGAAGAUUUUUAAAAACAUCACUCUGGUCCACGAGGUCGGCAUGGUGGUGCUGGAGUGGCUAGCAAACCCUCUCAACGACAUGUAUGCCGACGCUGUCACCACUGUAGUGCUGGAAGUGCAGUCAAACCCAAAGGCACAGAAAGCCAUGGAGACCCAGAGUGCCAUCAUGGACAUGGACAUCUUCCAGACCCGACUAGGAGUCAUGUUGCAGGACAUGUUUGGAGAGGAAUGUGUGGAUUUCAGUGAUGAUAAAAACAUCUCUGUGACAGUAGAUGGGAAGACGGUUCACAUCUGCUUGGAAACGAGGUCGGUGUGCUACGAGGAGGAAUGCUCAGAGGACGACUCCCUGAGAGAGAUGGUUGAGCUGGCAGUGCAGCGGCUCUAUGACGCCCUCAACCCGGUCAUCUGAGAGCGCGGACGGGACUGUAGUGUUCAUCACAACAAACUGGACAUCGCCCGUGAACUAACGAGGGACAGAGUUUCUGAAGCUAAGCCAUCACAGAUGUGAAAACAAAGAAUACUUCUACAAAUUCAGUGUUGGAAGUUAACACGGCGCUUGUAUUUGUGUGUUAAAAAAUGGGAUAACGUGUUCCUGAGAAUCAUUGUGACACCGUUUCAAAUCAUCACGCACCUGCCAUGUCUGGCUUGGUGUCAUGGGAAGCCUCAGCAACCAAUCCCAGUCCCACUUUAUGAGUGCCAUUUGGAAAGACUAGAUUGGCCUUUUAAUAAUGAACUUAAUGUUUUGUGAGCUACCAAGUAAAAAGAAAAAAAAUGUAAUUUAAUAAGCUGUGUAGAUAGAAUUUGUCUUGAUAGAUUUUAGUUUCUUUUUUGUUAUGCAAGCACUUUUAAUAUAUUUAAUACGUUUACUGUCUUCAUGUAAUGCACUGUGGGUUUUGUUUGACCAGAGUUGGUUAUUAAUGUGCACUGAUAUGACUUGUUUACUUUUAACUGUGACGUGAACUGUGGAUCUCUAAAUGCACUAAAUGUUUGUGUUCAUUCUACAUUUAAAAAUGGAUUUUACAAACCAUCGACUCCUGAACGACUAUGCCUUUGGUUAAGUUUUGAUUAUUUAUUUCACCAGCUAGUGUCAGAAAAGUUCUUUAACUGAGGUUUACAGUGAAUCAGUGUUGGUGUAAUGUUGACUAACAAAAGACUCGAGCAACAUUUGUUUCACUGUGCUCUGCCAGGCAUUGAUCAUGUCAUUUAUUAAACAUCUGAACAGUGUUCAUUUUUACAAUAAAUAUAUCCCAAGGCACCUUUUGUUAUAAGCAUGGGGCUCUCAAUAUAUGACUGAUACACACAUCCC